AUGAGAUGGAUAUCUCCACUGAGGCCAUUUUUGGCCUCAGCCAUCUCACUGCGAGCGCCACUUUCCCCCCCAACAGCCAAGCGCAAGCCCCCGAACGAGGCCAAAAAAAAACAAAGGAAAGCAGGACCAUGUCUCAUUCCAGUCGGACCAGUCAUACGGCAAAAGGAAAUGGCCUCAAUUACAGCCACAACCAUCUUCAGCCCAACUUCAGUGGUAUAUAGACAGCCCAAGUUGACCGGAAUCACAUCAAUCCGAACGAUACAAGAGCAUCACCAUUACCAUCACCACAAAAACAAACAGCCGUCUUCUGCCGUCCCAUUCACGACCCUAUCACUAAACAACAUGGCGUCCUCGGAUGUUCUGUCCAAGACUCUCUACACCAUCACGAGCGUGAAGCUCGACCAGCUGGACAAGCAGAAGGCGGCUUUCGAGUCCGGUAAACGGGCGCUGCUGGAAGAUGCGGCGUACGAGACGAGCCACCGCAAGCGGGCGAAGCUCCUGGUUGAGCAGGUCGAGAAGCUGCCGGCCAUGUCCCAGCUGUCCGACGGCCACCAGACGUCCGUCGACAACCUGAAGCGCUUCGUCAAGCAGGCCGAGUAUGACCCUUGCAUAUCGGAGGACUUCCUGCGCGAGUACGAGGACGCCGUGCGGAAGGGGCUCGACGUGGAAUCAGCAAAGUACCGCUUCGCCGAGCUGUACGGCAAGCUCGUGAAUGAGUGGAUCUCAGCCGGUGAGGCCGAAGACCAGAACGCCGAGUCCGGGUUCGUCCCCGUCGGCAGGGAGGAGAUGCACACGCAGCGCGCGACGUGGGAGGAUUACGUGUUCAAGGCCAAGGAGACGGACGGCGCGGCCAUCAAGGGGUACCUGGAACAGCUCUUUUGCGAGUCAAAGGACGUCAAGAGUGCGUUUACGAGUCUCAAGGAGACGCUCAAGACGUUCCAGGAGCGGUGGGACGACCAGCCGCACUUUGACGAGAACUCACUCGAGGACACGAUCCGGGGCCUGCUGCGCAUCAACAUCCUCACGGACCAGAAGCGGACGAUCCUCAACGACUUCCUCAACAACAAGGUGGUCCUCCGCGAGAUCGCCGACGUGCUCAACAUGCGGAUGCAGACGCGGCAGAACUGGGCGUGGGACGGCGACGUCAUGGUCGAGCAGCGGCGACAGCUAAACGGGCGCUAUCGCUUCUUCCCGGACGAGGACCUGCUGCAGUCCAUCUUCAUCCACCACAUCGGCACGCGAUGGGGGGUCAAGAUGCGCGAGGUGUUGACGUCGUUUCUGAGCCGCUACGGCGUGCAGAGGGCGGCGUCGAAGCCCAUGACCAAGGAGGAGGUGCUGCGGUGGCGGUUUUUCCUCAAGCUGGGCGACAGGGGGUACGUAGAGAGUAAGAGUUCGAUGGAGAACCAGCUGGCGAAGCACUGGAGGGAAGAGAUCCUGCUGGACCAGCUACCGCAGACUCACGGGGAGCGGAGGGGCGGGUACAACUCGGACAGCGUCGACGACGGGAGGGAGGACGAUAGCCGGAAGUCGCACAUUGACGUGGUGCAGAGCCUGCUGCACCUCAUCCAGUCCGAAAUCAUCAUCCACCAGGGGCUCGGCAGCGACAUCACGGUGAUCAGAUCGGACCUUAAAUGGUUCGGGCCGAGCGUGCCGCACUCGUCCAUCUUUGCGGUGCUCGAGUUCUUCGGCGUCGAGGCCGAAUGGGUCGACCUGUUCCGACGCAUCCUCGAGGCUCCCCACCGCUUCAAGCAGGAUCCCCCAGACGCUCCCGCGCAGUCCAGAAAGAGGGGCGUGCCCCUAUCGACGCCACUGGCGGACUUCCUCUCGGAGACGGUGCUCUUCUGCAUGGACUUCGCCGUCAACCAAAAGGGCGACGGGUGCCGGCUGUACCGGCUGCACGACGACAUGUGGCUAUGGGGAGGCGAGGAGAUGUGCGGCAAGGCGUGGAGGACGAUGGGCGAGUUUGUGCGGCUCACGGGGUUGGACUUCAACGAGGACAAGACGGGCAGCGUCAGGAUCAGGGCCCGGGGUAACGACGGCGGCAACGACAACGACAACGGAAACAACAAAAACACGGGGCAGCCGUCUGUCCAGGGGCGGCUGCCACUACCGAAGGGCGACGUGGUAUGGGGUUUCCUCAAGCUCGACCCCGCGUCGGGGCGUUUCGUCUUGGACCAGGACAAGAUUGACGGGCAUAUUGAGGAGCUCCGCCUGCAGCUAGAGGCGUGCGGUAGCGUGUUCGACUGGAUCCAGGCGUGGAACAUUUACGGCUCGCGGUUCUUCGCGACCAACUGCGGGCAGGUCGCCAACUGCUUCUCCCGGGCGCACGUGGACAGCAUGCUUGCGACGUUCCACCGCAUACAGCAGACGCUUUUUGGCGACGGCGGGGCGGGCGGGCAUCUCAGGCGGCUCAUUAGCGAGAGGUUCGGCAUCGUCGACAUCCCUGACGGAUACCUGUACUUCCCCGUCUCGCUGGGUGGGUUAGGCUUGCAGAACCCGUUUAUUCACCUGUACCUCAUCCGCGACAACGUCUUGGAGGACCCGAGCAAGGCCAUGGACGACUUCCUCGAGGAGGAGGAGACCUCGUACCGCAGGUACAAGGAGGUUUACGAGGCGUCAGAGGGGCACCCGCUGAUGCGGGCGCCGGGCGUCCAGGGUCUGUUUGACCAGCCGUUCAUGAGCUUCGAGGAGUUCACACGACACCGGCGGCGCACGUCGACGGGGCUACAGCGCGUGCUUACGAUCCUGCAGAAGAAGCCCAAGGACAAGCCCAUCGAGCUGACGGGAGACGUGACGACGGCGCUGUCGUCUUCGUCGGGCGGCUGGUACGGGCUCAGCGCUUACGAGCAGUGGAUCUGCGGACUCUACGCGAAGGACAUGAUUGCGAGGUUCGGCAGCCUGGUGAUUGUCGACGAGGGACUCUUGCCAACGGGUCUACUGGAUAUGCUGAGACAGAGCAGAUUCAAAUGGAGCGGCUAA